AUGGCUAUCAAGAAGAUCCAUGCCCGCUCGGUCUACGACUCUCGAGGCAACCCUACCGUAGAGGUGGACGUUGUUACCGAGACUGGUCUUCACCGCGCUAUCGUUCCUUCUGGAGCUUCCACCGGUCAGCACGAAGCCUGCGAGCUCCGUGAUGGUGACAAGAGCAAGUGGGGCGGCAAGGGUGUUACCAAGGCCGUCGAGAACGUCAACAGCAUUAUCGCCCCCGCUGUCAUCAAGGAGGGUCUUGAUGUGAAGGACCAAAGCUCAGUUGACAAGUUCCUCAACAGCCUCGACGGAACACCGAACAAGACAAAGCUUGGUGCCAACGCUAUCUUGGGUGUCAGUCUUGCCAUUGCCAAGGCUGGUGCUGCUGAGAAGAACGUCCCUCUGUACGCUCACGUCUCUGACCUUGCCGGCACUAAGAAGCCCUACGUCCUACCCGUUCCCUUCCUAAACGUCCUAAACGGCGGUUCUCACGCCGGUGGCCGUCUAGCUUUCCAAGAAUUCAUGAUUGUCCCUUCCAAGGCCCCUAGCUUUUCCGAGGCUCUGCGCCAAGGUGCUGAGGUCUACCAGAAGCUUAAGGUUCUUGCCAAGAAGAACUACGGCCAAUCUGCAGGCAACGUCGGCGACGAGGGUGGUGUUGCCCCCGAUAUUCAGACUGCCGUUGAGGCUCUUGACCUCAUCACUGAGGCCAUCGAGCAGGCUGGUUACACAGGCCAGAUGAACAUCGCUAUGGAUGUAGCUUCCAGCGAGUUCUACAAGGAGGAUGUUAAGAAGUACGACCUGGACUUCAAGAACCCCGAUAGCGACCCCAGCAAGUGGAUCACCUACGAGGAACUUGCUGCCCUGUACAGCGACCUCGUCAAGAAGUACCCCAUUGUCAGCAUUGAGGACCCCUUCGCAGAGGACGACUGGGAGGCGUGGAGCUACUUCUACAAGACCCAAGACAUCCAGAUCGUCGGUGACGACCUGACUGUCACCAACCCUAUCCGUAUCAAGAAGGCUAUUGAGCUCAAGGCCGCCAACUCUCUACUCCUAAAGGUCAACCAGAUCGGAACUCUAACCGAGUCCAUCCAGGCUGCCAAGGACUCUUAUGCUGACGGCUGGGGUGUUAUGGUUUCUCACCGAUCUGGUGAGACCGAGGAUGUCACCAUUGCCGACAUCGUUGUCGGUAUCCGAGCUGGCCAGAUCAAGACUGGUGCCCCUGCUCGAUCUGAGCGUCUCGCCAAGCUCAACCAGAUCCUCCGUAUCGAGGAAGAACUCGGAGACAACGCCGUCUACGCCGGUGAGAACUUCCGCAAGGCUGUUAACCUAUAA